AUCAGAUUUAUGUGGGGUGAAUUAAAAUUGUUGGUAGACAGUCAUCUACUGCGAGAGAAGUUUGAAGAAGAAACCAAUUUAAUGAAUCAAGUGCUCAGCAAUAUAGCGAGCAUUAAAACAAUAAUUACAAAGGAGACAACACCAGCACACAAAUACCUUGCAAAUUCACUGGACAAUAUUAACGUAUGGACAUUGACAAACAAUGAUCUGAUUAUAAAUAAUGUAGUGGACCUUGGUGCAUUGAAUAUUCCAGGUGAAUUUUGUGACAUUCUUGUUGGUGAAAGGGGAGGGAUAAGAGAGUUGAGAUGGGGUGAGUUUCUUGAUAAACUAGCUGAUGAAUUU